GCUCGGUGAGGAUCGGAAAGGAUCGAGGAAAAACGGAGAAGAUCGGCUUGGCAAAAUCCCCAACCGCCAAGCUUUUUUAUUCCAGUACUGAAUCUAGUACUGGCGUCCCUUCAUUCGCUCUUUGUAAUUUCUAUAUGUGCCAAUUUUAUAUCCAGAGAUGUGACGCACCGUGGGAAAACUCCAUCUCAUGCCUGUUGUUUUGAGUCUUCUAAUUCUCCAUUAUCCUGAACAAGGGAUUGCACAAUGUUCUUCCUACCCCCGUGUCUGAUUGUUCUACUGCUGGGAAAGCUUGGUGCAAGUCAGGAGGAUGGUCUAUCCUUCACGGUGAGUCCUGCAGAUCAUUCCGUGAUCGAGGGAUCACCGGUGCGUCUGCGAUGUGAGACAGAACCCAGACUUGGUGUCAAGUAUUCAUGGAAACUCGAGGGCCAGACCCUGGCACCCAGUCCUCGCAGGCAUCAAGUUGACAGUGAUCUCUACAUAACUCGUGUCAACAGAAUUUUUGACAGUGGAAAUUUCGUAUGUGUCGCCUACCACGAGCCCAGUGGCAACACCAUCGAGAGUUCACCAGCUAAAAUUGACGUUCAAUGGAUAAGCGAAUCAAGGGUUGUCCUGGAAUCACCGAAAUUUCCCUCAUUAGUCCGACUGGGUGGUGAAAUAGAAUUACGAUGUCACGUCGAUGGCUCCGGCGAGAUGAAAUACGAGUGGUACAAAAAUACCCAUGCAUUGGUAAUGACUGAUGGAAGAAUCGAGAUGAAGAAGAAGCGAAAAUUAUCAAUUCACAAUGCAAAUUCCCAAGACAGCGGUGUAUACACGUGCAAAGCGAAGAACGAAGCUGGUUAUUCGUUAAUUAAGGAGAGUUUUCCCCUGGUGAUAGCUUCGAACGAGACAGCGACAAUCAAGGUUGUCCCCCAGAAUCUGAUAGUGAAACGAGGUGAAUCAACAUCGUUUCACUGCAUGUACGAGGAUGCAGACAGGAUCGAGUGGUUUUUCAAUGACAACGGGCCUCUUAUCGACGAUGAGGAACGAUUGAUAUUCGACAAUGGGACAUUGUUGUUACGAGUUGUCGAGCAAAGAGACCAGGGGAUCUACGCUUGUCACGGUGUGAGAGACGAAACCAGACAGAUUUACACAGCAGAAUUGUACAUUGCUUUUAUUCAGAACUUGACAGACGCGAGUUUCGAGCCAACCCUGGCAAAUCAGCAGGCAAUAGUGGGAAAAGAACAGGAGCUGCAGGUGAGUUGUCUGGAGCCCCGUGGCCUGCCGACCCCCAGGAUCUUCUGGCGAGACCCCCGAGGGCACAUCAUCAGUGACUCAGGCCCAGUCCGUACUCAGGACAACACCCUCAUAAUUGCCAAAGCCCGAACCCCCGAGGACAUUGGAAAUUACACCUGUGUGGCUGAGAAUCUGGCUGGAACAACUGAAAUAAUCGUCCAGGUGAUUGUAUCUACGCCUUCAGCAUUGCUGACCUCUCCAGAGCCUCAAUCAGUCAUGGAGAGUGACUCAGUGACACUCUCAUGCUCGUACGCUGGGCUGGAUCCACCAGUGACCACAGCCCAGUGGUUGAAGGACUCAGAACCCCUGAAGGAAACUGGUGGACCAACCAGAUACAGAAUGACUAAUCAUCAUGGCAAUGUGACUCUUCACUUUAAAUCCAUUUCCCUUUCUGACAGAGGUACCUAUGCCUGCGAAAUCCUGACUAAAGGAUUUUCAAGCAUUCGAUCUCAGCCAGCAGCUGUCAGUGUCCGUGAGAAACUGAAAUUCUCACCUCCACCGGUCGAUAAAAAACUCGAAUUGAAUUCCACAGCUAAAGUCUACUGCAAAGCCCAGGGGGCAACCAAUCCCACUGUUAGAUGGGUCAAGUCAGGGGCAGGUGAUAAAUUACCAGAGCACAUUCAGGAUAUUAAUGGAACACUUCACUUUAAUGGAGUCGUCGAGAGUGAUAAAGGGCAGUACAUCUGCAUGGCAACGAAUGCCCAGGGUUCGAUAAACCAUACGAUUGAUAUAGAAGUUGUGACAGCUCCACAGUUCAAAAAAACUCCUCAGGAUCCAACUUACGUGUUGGAGGGGACACCUGUGCUGCUGGAAUGCACAGCAAAGGGAAAGCCAACGCCUCAGAUCCACUGGGAUAAGAAUUCCAAGCUUGGAAAUCUUGGAGAACGAUCACAAGUACUGAGUAAUGGCUCCUUGUACAUCCGAGAGGCUUUCAUGACUGAUGCAGGACAGUACGGUUGCACAGCUGGUAACAGUGGGGGCUUGAAGAGAAUUGAGGUGCAGCUGAUUGUAAAACCCAGGGACGACUCGAGGUAUGAUAUGGAUGUGGAGAACUACGAUGGCUCCAUGAUGACGAAGACCGUGACCAUCACUCUCAGUGUCGCUGCUGCUUACAUGGUGCUUGUCAUUGGUCUCAUGCUGUACUGCAGGUACAGAAGGCGCAGAAGAAAGCAGCAGUAUCUUCAGGAACAGGCUGAUGAUAAAUUGGAGAAUGGUGACGUGCACGAGGAGCAGACUGAGCUCAAAGAUAUGAAUCACAAGGUGUCAAACUGCAAGAAAAAAGACAACCGGGACUCACAUAGGAGUGAUGGCGCAGAGACAGCUCAAAGUCAGAGUAGCAAUCACUCGAGAAAAUCCAAGAGCAGUUACGACAAACUGGCGAUAUCACGAGAAAAUCUGGGGGAGUUGAAGCCACUGGGUCGAGGUGAAUUCGGUGAGGUCUUCUCCACGAGGUAUCAAGUGGACUCUGAGAAGGAGCAGAUUGUCUUGGUGAAGAGCCUCUUGAAUACCAAGGAUGAGACAGUUCUUCAGGAAUUCAAGAGACAUUUGGAUUUGUUUCACAAAUUGAAUCAUGAGAAUGUGGCUAAAUUGAUUGGACUGUGCAGAGAGGGAGAGCCAGAUUACAUGAUAUUAGAGUACACGGAUUGGGGUGAAUUGAAGCAGUUCUUGGUGGCUUCCAGGAAGGAUGAGGCAAAUAUUGUCCAGGAGGCAAAGGCUCGUGCCCCACAGCUGUCUGUUGCCCAGAUAUUGGCACUGGCUAGCCAAGCAGCUAAUGGAUUGAAACAUUUGGCUGACAGCCGAUUAGUGCACAAGGAUAUUGCUGCGAGAAAUUGCCUCAUUGCCAGCAAUCUCAGCCUCAAGAUAUCGAUGACUUGCAUGUCCAAGGAACCUUAUCAGCAGGAGUACACGAAACAUAAUAAUCAUGUAAUUCCUCUCAGGUGGCUGCCCUACGAGGCUGUCUACGAGGACGAAUACUCGACAAAGAGUGAUGUCUAUUCGUUCUCCUGUCUCGUUUGGGAGAUAUUCCAUCAGGGAGAGUUGCCCUUCAACAAACUCAACGAUGAAACGGUUUUCACUCAGUUGAAAGCAGGAUCUCUAGAGUGGAAAGCCCAUAAAGCAGCACCUCCUGCUCUUCAGGAGCUCCAGGAGAAAUGCUGGUCCAAGGAUCCCAGGGAGAGACCCACUUUCGAUGACGUUGUAUUAAAGAUAGGUGAAAUUGUGGUUGAUAGCUGUCUGUAAGUUCCAAGGGUUACGAUUAAUUUUAGAAUAAGAUAUGGCCUCAAAGGUCCCAACGGCUAAUUGACACUGCCUCUGUCCAAUCCAAUAACUAUAACGAUAGUAUCGUAAGAAGGUUUUAUAAGGAGAUUAUUCUACAUUAUUUGAUAUGAAAAUGAAAUCCGAUGGCCUCGAGUUUUUAAUCUACUGUUUUAUGUUCUCCAAUUUUUAUCAUUAUUUAUGUAGCGGUAUUUAAUCGAGUUCGUGAAAUAUUUAGAUGCGUGUAGCUGCGAUUUUUAAGGCAUACUGUAGUUGAUGGUAAUUCCAUAACGAAGUGGUUGCUAAAAAUCGAUUUGUUUGAGAAAGCUAUGGACUUCAAAAUAAUUAUUCCAUAUUCUCUCAUUGAAUUAAUAAAUCUUCGGAUAAAUCGAUGUUUAGUACUCGACUUUCUCAUUUUACCACUUCGAUAAUGAAGUCAUUUUCGUAAUGGUAGGGUUUUCAAACAAUAAGAUGAUAGAAUUAUCACGAUCAUAUCACGGUGACAACAAUACUUUGGAUUUUUUUUCAACAAACAGUAUCUGAAUAAAUUACUCGUACAUCUGGAAAUAGAAAGACAAGAGUGAUCUCUCGUUGAGGGAGAUAAGGCGAUAAUGUUUAGGAGAUAAAACGUGUUAUUGUAUAUACUGGUGGAAAAAAAAUAACUAUUUUGACUUUGCUGGGAUAGAAAAUUACGUAAUUGAUGUAGUCAGGUUGAGCUUGUGUGGAAAUAUUUGUCAGUUUUCUUCCUGAGUCUUCGUAUAAAGAGGCAGAGAGUGCUGAGUAUUAGAUCUGUUUUAAUUACAACUGAUGAUUCAAAUUUAAUAACAAAGAGGUGAAAAAUAAAUCGAUACGAGAUAGCGAAAUUUUUCUCGGAACCUUUUUUGCAA